AACAUCCAUGAUGCGUUGCUGACAAAACAGAGUCCAUUUUUUUUGUUGAUGGACAACCUCCAACUUGACUCCAUUUUCCCUGAGGAGGAUCGGCCACCUUCGCCAGAAGCUACAAUCGCAAUCUACAACCGUGACGAUGACAUUCUCGACGUCGAUUGGCGACAACUCAAAAUUCGGCUCGUAGGGUCUCAUCCACUCUGGGGCCACCACCUCUGGAAUGCUGGACGAGUGGUAGCAUCGUACCUUGAUCACCACCGCAAUCUUUAUCUCGAUGAAAACGUCUUGGAGUUGGGUGCUGGAGGCGGCCUCCCUGGGCUUGUUGCCGCAAAAAGUGGCGCAAAACAUGUCGUGCUCUCUGACUAUCCAGACGAGUCGUUGAUUCAGAACUUGGAGCACAACAUUCGAGAAAAUGAGGCUGACCGAGGUUGCGCUGUUGGGUUCAUUUGGGGUCGCAAGGCUGAUCUGUUGAUGGCAAGAGCGCCGGGUGGUUUCCAAGUAGUCAUUUUAUCGGACUUGGUGUUCAACCACUCACAGCAUGACGCCCUAUUGGACACUUGCGAGGUUUGUCUCGCCAAGAACCCCGAGGCUCGUGUGCUUGUUUUCUACACCCAUCACCGCCCACAUUUGGCACACCGAGACCUGGACUUUUUUGUGAAAGCUCGAGAUCGUGGUUGGCAGACGGAGGAGGUUGUAAAUGUUCGGCGUGGGGUCAUGUUUGAGGAAGAUAGAGGAGACGUCGAGGUUAGAGCAACUGUUCAUGGAGUAGCACUUUCUAGACCACAAUAA